AUGCUGCAACUGGUUGAGAAUGAUGGUUUCACACUGAAAAGCGACCCAGUUGAAAUCUUCAGUGAGACUGACGACGAAAAGUUGAUUCAGGCGCCGAGUCUUGUCUACGAAGACGGUUCGUACCUCUUGUUCUACAGUUCUCGGUGUUACACUUCGGAGAAGUACAGCAUCAAGUACGCAACGCCGGGUAGUGUCUCACGCCCAUAUGAUAGGGGAAACGACAACGUAUUGGGCUCGGUCUACUCUAUCCCUAUAGAGGAUUUAGAUACACUGACACUUUAA